GCUGUGGCAAGAAUUGUUGAAAUGCCUAUGAUUGACUUGAGUGCCAUCUCUGAUCCUUUGCAGCUAAAAUCUAUUAGCGACAGGGAACUUCAUUUUCUGAAGGAAUAUUGUGCCAUAAUGAAGCCACUCACAGUUGCUCUGGACAUCCUGCAAGGAGAGGACAACUGUUACUUUGGCACCCUCCUGCCCACUCUAGAAACAUUAAUGUCAAAGACCCUGGAGAUGAAAGACAGUCUGACUGUAGCAACUGGCCUACCUGAAGCCAUAGUUCAGGCUAUCAAAAAACGAUUUGCAUCCGUCUUGGAAAGCAACAAUGCAAUGCUGGCAGCCGUCACACUUCCCAAGUUUAAGUUACGGUGGGUGAGAGACCAGAGGAAGAAAGAGAUGGUCAAGGGAAUCCUGGCAGCAGAGUGUCACAAGUUUCUCCCUGGCCAUGAGCAGCAACCAGCCAGGAAUCCUGUGUCUCCGACAACGCCACCAGAUUCAGGCUCCUCCAAAGACAAAGAGCAGGACUUUUUUUGCUUUGAGGAUGACGAUGAAACCUUCAGCACUGUGGAAACUGAGGUAAUGGCCUACUUGAAAACAGCCGAAACAGGCAUGGAGAUUCUCAAAACAUUUCCCACAAUAAAGGCAAUUUGUCUGAAGCUAAAUGCAGCUACCCCAUCCAGUGCACCAGUUGAGAGACUCUUCAGUCUGGGAAGUCUGGUACUGUCUCCAAAGAGGAACAGGCUGUCUGACCAAAGGUUUGAGAAGCUGCUUCUCAUGAGGUACAACCACUGGUUCGAAAGCUAAACCUCCACUCAAACAUUAAUUCAGGUCUUUGCCAAUAAGCACUUUUUGUUGUUUUGAUUAACUAGGCCCACACUCGUCAUCUGUGUGCGUGUGCCACAGUGACACAACAGCACUUUAAUUUCUGUUAUAUAUAUUACAAAACACUUAUUGUAUGCUUGCUGGACUUCAUACUUGAACUAAAGGAAAAACACUGACUUUUUGUAUACUUAUUUUGUUGGACUACAACAGCAGUUGCCUCUAUAUGGUGCUGAAAGCACUUUAAUUUUUGCACUUUGAUUCUGAACAAUAUAUUCAGCUUACUCUCCAUUAGUUUCAGAAAAGCCGGCAUACAACUCUUAUUUUAUGGUAUUGCUUGUAGAUUUCAUUUUUGAGGAGCUGAUGUUUUUUGUUUUAAUGCAUUUAUGGUUGUCUUGUCUGUACCAGCAUUUGGUGUGAAAGUACAUCAUUUUUUCCAACUUGAUUCUGAAUAAUAUAUUCAGAUUGUAUUUGAUCUUGGGAAUGUUAGUGUGUGUAUUGUUGAGUGUGUUCAGAUCCACCAUAACAGGUAUACAGCUAUGUUGUGUUAAUUAUGGCAGACUAGACCUGUAGAUUGCAGGCAACUAAAGUCGUCAGUUUGUUCUGGCCUGAAAUAAAUUGGCACAUUGAAACAUA